AUGCUCCGUGCGGUGAUUUCUCGAGCCCUUCCACGGGUGAAGGCUGUGUCGGCGUGUCACUACUCUGCAGCGGCUAUUCCAGUACCAAACACCCAACCCGAAGUCCACUUUAAUAAGCUGUUCAUCAACAACGAGUGGCAGGAUGCAUCAAGUGGGAAAACCUUCCCAACUGUAAACCCCGCAACUGGAGAAGUCAUCUGUCAUGUGGCUGAAGCAAACGAGGUGGAUGUUGACAAGGCAGUGAAAGCAGCACGCGAUGCCUUCCGAUUGGGAUCGCCAUGGAGACGGAUGGAUGCCUCCCAUCGGGGACUGCUUCUCAGCCGGCUGGCUGAUGCAAUUGAGAGGGAUUCCGCCUACCUUGCGGAACUGGAGACCCUUGACAAUGGGAAGCCAUAUGCUGUCUCCUACAUGGUGGAUCUGCCCAAUGUGGUCAAAUGUCUCAGGUACUACGCAGGCUGGGCAGACAAAUGGGAAGGAAAGACCAUUCCCAUUGAUGGAGAUUAUUUCUGCUACACCAGACAUGAGCCAAUUGGAGUCUGUGGACAAAUCAUACCGUGGAACUUCCCUCUCCUUAUGCAGGCAUGGAAACUUGGCCCCGCUCUCGCAACCGGUAACACUGUGGUGAUGAAAGUCGCUGAGCAGACGCCGCUUACCGCUCUCUACGUAGCCAACCUGAUAAAAGAGGUGGGUUUUCCAGAAGGUGUGGUUAAUAUCUUGCCUGGUAUGGGUCCCACAGCUGGUGCUGCCAUUGCAAGACAUAUGGAUGUUGAUAAAGUGGCCUUUACAGGAUCAACAGAGGUUGGUCAUCUAAUCCAGCAGGCUUCAGGCAACAGUAACCUGAAGAAGGUCACUCUGGAACUAGGAGGAAAAAGUCCCAAUAUCAUCAUGUCUGAUGCAAAAAUGGAGGAUGCUGUGGAGCAGGCGCACUUUGCCUUAUUUUUCAACCAAGGCCAAUGUUGUUGUGCUGGCUCCCGGACAUAUGUCCAAGAAGACAUCUAUGACGAGUUUGUGGAACGCAGUGCGGCGAGAGCCAACAGACGAGUGGUGGGCAACCCCUUUGAUUUAAAGACUGAGCAGGGUCCCCAGGUGGAUGAGGAGCAGUUCAAAAAGAUUUUGGGUUACAUCAGCAGUGGAAAAAGAGAAGGCGCUAAACUGAUGUGUGGAGGUGCCGCAGCUGCCGACAAGGGAUACUUCAUCCAACCUACUGUGUUCGGAGAUGUGAACGACAACAUGACUAUUGCCAGAGAGGAGAUCUUUGGUCCAGUAAUGCAGAUCUUAAAGUUCAAGACACUGGAGGAGGUGGUGGAGAGAGCCAACGAUUCUAAAUAUGGUCUCGCUGCUGCCGUAUUCACCAGGGACAUCGAUAAGGCUCACUAUAUCUCCAAUGCCCUGCGUGCUGGCACAGUCUGGAUUAAUUGUUAUGACGUGUUUGGGGCCCAGGCUCCAUUUGGAGGUUACAAAGCUUCAGGAAACGGCAGAGAGUUGGGAGAAUACGGCCUGGACAACUACACGGAAGUCAAAACGGUGACCAUGAAAGUACCACAGAAGAAUUCAUAA